UUUCUGCACUGGCUAAUCAAGAGUGAAAAACCUGAAGAGAUGCAGGCAGGAAAACGGAAUUAAACUAGGCCUGAGGAGCGAUGCAACAGGCAUGAUGGAAGUCGAGUCCUCCUAUUCGGACUUCAUCUCCUGCGACCGGACAGGCCAUCGGAAUGCAGUCCCUGACAUCCAGGGUGACUCGGAGGCCGUGAGCGUGCAGAAGCUCGCUGGAGACAUGGGCGAGCUCGCACUUGAGGAAGCAGGACAGAUAGAGGGAAGUACCCCAGACAAGGAAGCCAGCAGCUAGCCUGAGAGCAGUGAUGCAAACACCUCGUCCUGAGUCUGC